AUGGAGUCGUUCAUUCGUUUGGCAGAGGCAAUAAUCGAAUUUGGAUCCGAUUUUAGCAGCACGCCACCUGCAGAGCAAAAUAAACAUGGUCUUGCAAUACAGCAAGACGAACUGAAAGAUAUGUGGGAAAAAACUAAACAAGGCGACAUCGAGAAGAUGUACCGGCAAAUUAUGGUGCAUGACAAUCACACUAAGUUCCAGCGCAUAGUUUUUCGUACCGAUACGAACGAACCGAUCAGUCUUUACGAGCUGAAGACGGUCACUUUCGGGGUUAACUGUGCUCCUUACUUGGCAAUAAGGACACUUUUACAACUAGCUGAUGAUGUGGAAAACUCCUCUCCGAUAGCAUCCAAUAUUUUACGAAGAUGCAUGUACGUCGACGACGUUCUAGCGGGAGGACACAGCAUUGACUCUGCGAUAAAUGCCAGAGAUGAAAUAACCCAAGUGUUAGAGUCAGCCGGUUUUCCAUUAAGAAAAUGGACUGCCAAUUGCGAAGAUUUACUGAAAGACAUUCCAAAAAC